GUCGUAUGUGCCAGGCUUUGAUCCAUCUCAGGACAAAAAAGAAGAAGACUGGUGGACUCCAAUGACUUCGGUCCGAGGUUCAGUGGAUAAUCCAGUAAAGAAAGAAAAGACAGAGAUGAAUACAGCUCCACCGCCGUCACAGUGGGAGAAAUGGUGCAAAAGAAAAGGUCAUGGACUUCAGCUUAGCGAUUCACCAUUGCCAGAAGAUGCUUCUCCGCAGGCGUCACUUUAUUAUAUCUCCGAAGAGUCAUGGAAAGGAUUCACGGAAUGGGCAUUAAAGCCUAUACCUUUAACAAUUGGUCCUACAUGCUUUAAUUUGUCUGUAGCUACAAGAGUAGUAAGUGCUGGAAAAUGGCUUGGAAACGAGGAGAUGGAUGCGGUUAUGUUUAUAUGGCGUGUGAACACUACAUUGAAUCGUUGGGCCCCUCGGCGUGUUGCUUUCAUGAGUGCUAUGUUUUGCCUCCAAGUAGACGCUGCAUACAAGAAGUUUUUACCAAACAAAAAAGCCUAUCAAUUGCCUGAUUUCCUUCUUGGGUACGGCAGAGGAGAGCUUCCAUCUCAUGGGCGGACUGAUCUAGUUUGGGGUGUUGAUGUUGAUCGACUCUACUUUCCUCUGUUUGUAAAUGGUAACCAUUCAGUUCUUUUUACAUCCUAGUAUACAUUUCUUCGUUUACAAAUUUUUGUGGACUCGAACGCAGGUAAUCACUGGGUUGGUGUCUGUGUCAACAUCAUUGAAAGAAAAGUGGAAGUCUUUGAUUGCGGUCGGGGAAAGAACAGACAGUACGUUGAGAAGUUUGCUGCUAUCAUUCCUAGGAUAGUGAAGUCCGUUGCACCACAAGAAAGACAGAAGCAGCUACUCCUCUCAUCAUAUUCUAUCGUGGAUGUGCCUAUGAAGUUGAGAUUGAACAAAAGUUGUUGUGAUUGUGGUGCAUACGCUCUGAAGCACUUGGAAUGCUCGCUGCUUGGUCUUGACGUCAGUUUAGUGGAUGAUGAAAUCAUUAUGGGUUGUAGACAAAAGAUUGGAGUGGACUUAUGGGAGGCUGCACACGACCCCAUCUUUGCUGAGGUUAUGACACGAUAUGUGCCUUCACCAUGGGAGAGGUCUGAGGUCUUUGACCUGGAGGAUGAUUGAUUAACUGUGAUUUUAGUAGUUUGGUUUGUUAGAAUUAGAAAACAACUUUGGCUUUGGUAUUUGAUUUGAAUUAAGAAACAACUCUAGCUUUGAUUUUGUAUAAAUUAUGAAACAACCCUAUAAAGAACAAAAUCAUAAAAACUGAGGACCCAAACCCUAAACAAACCCUUAACUAAAACCAUAACCAUAGACAUACCCUAACCAAACCCUUAACUAAAACCAUAACCAUAGACA